AUGGCAACAUUGAUACACAACCCUCCCGCCGACCCUCAUGCUGACCUUGACACGGAACCUGACGAGCGAUGGAAGCUCAAUCUCAGAGAUAGGAUCACAGUGAACCUCAGUUCAAUGGUCGAUGAAGCUAGGAAGCGUAUGCGGGACAGACUGGCGCAGGCUGUCGUAAGCGAAGAAGAUCGGGAGAGUAUAAGCAGGGAGCACCAUGAGGCGAUGAAUAACAUCCGUAAAUUGGCGGAAAACCAGUUCCAAACUGCCCUCCAACAGGAGAGACAGGAACGUCGCUGGGGUGCUGGCCAGAAAGUAGAUGUGACAUGGUCAAAUGAAAUGGUGAAGGAACAACA